AGGCCUCAUGUCCGGGGGCUGUGUGAGCGUCUGCCGUGUCAGAACUUCUUCAGGUCGACAUCAAGAUGAAAAUUAAUAGUAAUUUCAACAAUGUCUAUAUAAGAACUGGAGUCGAGGGCUCGGAUGAGAUUCAACAGCAUCGACAGCACCAUUCCGUUCUCAACUCUCUUCGAGACUUGCAGUAUAAACCCUUCAGCCCCAAUUCAUAUCCUAAGCAUCUCCCAUUCGAGCAACAUGUUCAAGAACAUCCUGUCAACUGCCGCCCUGCUCUCCGCUGCCCUGGCAGCGCCAACAUCCACGACAGGCGGCAACCACCCUACCCGCACAGACACGCACCUCACAGGCGUCACCCACACCGUCGUCGUCGGCCAGGGCGGUCUCAACUUCGAGCCCGCCAAUGUCGUCGCGCAAGUCGGCGACAUCAUCCAGUGGGAUUUCCUCCCGGCCAACCACAGCGUCGCCCAGUCCAACUUCGCCGACCCCUGCCAGCCCCUGGCAGACGGCUCUGGCUUCUUCCCUGGCUUCGCGUUCGCAACGCAAGAGGGCAAAAACGACCAUGUCUUUCAACUCGUCGUCGAAGACGACAGCACCAUCUGGUACUACUGCCCUCAGCUCAAGGGCGAGCAUUGCAAGAAGGGCAUGGUGGGCGUGAUCAACCAGGAUUUUGAUAGCAAUGAGCGCACGCUGGCCAAGCACAAGGUGCUCGCGGCUGGUGUGGAGGAGAUUGUUGUGCCACCGCGGACGCAGGGUGGUGAGGUUCUUGUGAACCCUGAUCCUUAGAAAGACCAUAUUUUGGAUAGUUCAUAUUGCAUUCUUUCGAAAUCACAUUUUGUCAUGCCUUAACAAACGACAACAUUACGCUCACCACAGUAUAUAAUCAAAUAACCCGAAAUAUCUUAUUAAGACACCAAGAGCCAUUCAUUAAAAUAGAAUUACUACAGAAACCCUCUUUAUGGCGAGGACCGUGACUGUUGCAGAAAGAUAAUCACCAUUGUCGUGUGUCGACGCCGUGCAGGGUAGUCUAGCAUCUGGCAUACCCUACAUACCUCAGGGACCCUUAUGUAAUCCGCGACUUGGGUUUGCCGCCGGUAACCGCCCAGGCCCCAGGCAGCCAGGCCCGCCGCCCGUGGACUUUUGAUGAGC